AUGAGAGACACGCAGAUUUCUAAUUUCAAGGAUGAUUCAAGUCCUAUUGCUUGGGAUUGUUCAGCUUGGGUACGUACUUAUGCGUUGUUUCUUGAGGAACGGCUUGAGUGCUUCAGGGUUUUGAAAUAUGAUACUGAGGCUGAGCGUCUUCCAAAGGCUACCCCAGGGCAGGAUAAGGGGUAUAGUAGAACCAGGGAUUUAGAUGGUGAAGAGCUCUUGGUGCAGUUGCCAGCUUUGCAGCAGCUUCUGUAUCGUCUCAUCGGUUGCAGGCCAGAAGGCGCUGCUAAUCACAACCAUGUUAUACAAUAUGCACUUGCUCUGGUGUUGAAGGAGAGUUUUAAAGUUUAUUGUGCUAUCAAUGACGGCAUCAUUAAUCUUAUUGACAAGUUCUUUGAAAUGCCGAAACACGAAGCCAUCAGUUCCCUUGAAAUAUACAAGCGUGCUGGUCAACAGGCACGUAGCCUCUCUGAUUUCUACGAAGCCUGUAAAGGAUUGGAACUCGCUAGGAAUUUUCAGUUUCCUGUACUAAGAGAGCCACCACAAUCUUUUCUGGCUACAAUGGAGGAGUAUAUUAAAGAAGCACCUCGUGUGGUCGAUGCCCCAGCUGAGCCACUGCUUCUAACUUAUAGGCCGGAUGAUGGACUUCCUGACGAAGAUACUGAACCGUCUCAUGAAGAACGUGAAGUUGUGUUGCCUUCAGAUGAUGUUGUUCUUGUAUCUGAUGAGACUGAACCUUCUCCCCCUCCUCCUCCUUCGGCCAACACUCAGUCACAAAACAUCACUGAUACAGAUGAUCUACUGGGUCUGAACUCUGGUGGUCGUGAUGCAUCAGCGAUUGAGAACCAAAAUGCACUUGCUUUAGCCAUAAUACCAACAGAUGAUAACCCUGCAACCCCUCGUUUUGGUAACGCAAACAAUUAUGACCCUUCAGGAUGGGAGCUUGCCCUGGUAUCAACACCAAGCAACGAUAUCUCUGCAGCCACCGAUAGGCAAUUGGUCAUGAUGUUGCAGUCCUUAGGUGAUAUUUCCUUGUGGUGA